AGUGUGACCAUGCCAGCGCUCGCACAGCUGACAGCAAACACAAACAAUUAAUUAAGUUUUCGUCGGUCGGGGCAUUAAAUCAAGGAAUUGUUUCUACGAAAAUACUGGCAGAAGCUGUUUUUAGGUAAAAUGGUGUGCCUGCCGUGCUUUAUCAUUCCACUGUUGCUCUACAUUUGGCACAAAUUCGUGCAGCCCGUUCUGCUGCGCUACUGGAAUCCGUGGGAGAAGAAGGACGCCCAGGGGAAUGUGAUCAAGGCGGGGCCGGAGUUCCCGUUCGAGUGCAAGGGCGGCGUCUGCCCGUAUGUGAAGAAGCCAAACGCUGACACAAACGACACGGAAACCACAUCAUCUGAGACAGCCACAGGGUCAGACGGCCAGGAGACUACAACUACAACUACAACAACAACCACCACGACAACAACCACUUCGUCAUCGUCUGGGCCAGCCACUGAGCCAAGCUUGGAGGAAACAAAGAAGUUAAUUUAGUCCAAAUUUCAUGUGUUUUUUUCUUGUCGCUUCUACAAUAAGUUCUGACACAACGCACACAGUCACACACACACACACACACACCCAUGGGUGCCGCCCCGCGCUGUGUGAGUGGUGGGCUGGGGUACACGUUAUCUAAAGAGCAGCAAAACAAUUACGCUUAAAAACGAAUGUUAACUUUAUUGUAAUUACACAUUGCAAUCACCCAAA